AUGUCGGCAUUCAAGAUAGACUUGGAUUCGACAGACGGUCCAUUCAGUGAUGAAACCGGCAACAACUGGAAUGAGGUCACAACCGUUGCUCGAACUGAUCAAGCCUCAGGCUUGGCUACUACCAAGAUGACCCUCAACCCCGUCAAGAAUGCUCUGCGAAAAACAGAAGAUUAUUACACUUGGAAGAGAAUCGUACAAACCUAUCUCGAACUCCGAGGAUUGGAUGGUCUCAUUGACUACAAGCUCCCAAGACCAGCCCAGAACAGCCCAAACUCACAAAUGUGGUUUUAUGGGUCAAAAGCAAUCGGUGAGUGGCUCAUCGCCAAUAUCAGCACCGACAUUCACAACAGAAUACAAGCAAGAUGCACCCUCUUGUUCGCAGAUGAAAUUUGGAAGGCCAUUUACGAGGAAAUGCACAGAUACAGCAUUUAUGAAGACAUGAAACAAGUCGCCGCAUUUGUCAACCUCAAACGUACCCAUUACCCCACCGCAACUGCGUUCAUCGACGACUACCGUGUCCGAUACAUGAGGCUUAAGGAGCGUGAACUGGAGGUCAAGCCAUUCUUCGCAAUGCUUACAAUAAUGAACGAAAUCCACCAAAUCGACGUCCGAGACUCAGUUCUUGAAUCACUCAAAGAGAAGAAUCUCAACGCACAGACGUUUACACACAAUCUCUUCUGCACAUAUACGCAGGAUCUGCGAGAUCGUCUCUCAAGCAGAGAGUGA